CAGCUGUAGAGGCGAGGCGGAGGGAGAAACUUCGCCCCCUCUUCUUUCCUGUCUUUCUGUAUCCAAAAUCCCCCGGAUAUAUAUAUUUUUUUAUUUCUAUUUAUCUUAUCUGAAGGAGUCUCGCAGCCACGGGUGUGUCCACCAACAGUUUUACUGACGUUUUAUUUGGACAAACUCGGUCGCGAGGAUUUUAUAUUUUUGGCUCAGACAACUGGAGUGACUCGGCUAAGUUUCCCCUCGUCGAGCCUAAAGGAAUGAGAGGACGAGCCCAAAGACUCACACGUCUCCUCUGAGUGAACAAAAGGACAGAAAGAGAGGGAACUGCCGCCGCAAAUGGAGGAAAAUACCCUUCCAGAAGCAACAUCUCCCUGCUUGGCUCUGAAAACAAACCCUGCAAGGCCCGAGCCAGAGGGGGAAAGCAUCCCUUUGAAGGCGGACAACACCCAGAGGAUGGAGUCUCCGGCUAGAAAAGAAAUGGACCGAAGCCUGAAUACCCCCACCAAACCCAACAUCACCUCUCGAACACCCGGCUCACCAGCAUCACCCAAGUCAAAAAGAGACGUCCCAAAGUCAGAGGAGCGGCAGAAGCUUGCAAAGGAACGGAGGGAGGAGAAAGCCAAAUAUCUGGAAGAGCUCAGCAAGUUGCAAGCUGCUAAAAAGACCCAGUGGCUCGAGAAGGAGGAGAAGGCUCGGCAGCUGAGGGAGCAGCAGCUGGAAGAACGCCGCAGGAAGCUCGAGGAGCAGCGGAUCAAAGCAGAAAAACGACGAGCGGCUUUGGAGGAGAGACAGAAGCAGAAACUGGAGAAGAAUAAAGAACGCUACGAGGCUGCCAUACACAGACCAACAAAAAAGACGUGGGCAGAAAUCCGCCAGCAGAGAUCAUCACUGGUUCUAAACCAGAACUCCAGCCAGAGAGAGAGCAGAUGCUCAGUUUCAGCGGUCAACCUGCCCAAACACGUGGACUCUGUCAUAAACAAGCGCCUCUCCAAGUCCUCCGCCACACUCUGGAACUCCCCCAGCAGAACCCGCAGCCUUGCACUGAGCCCAUGGGAGAGCAGCAUAGUGGACCGGCUGAUGACGCCCACACUGUCUUUUCUCGCCCGGAGCCGCAGCGCUGCCAGUGUCCUCAGCAACGGCAAAGGUGGCCACUCUCUUCUCUGCCCUCGAUCGGCUUCGGCUAGCCCCCUCACCCUGUGUGCCCAUCAACCCCACCACCGCUGCUCUGACCACUGGAGGGUGACGUCCAGCACACCAGACAUCACUCAGCGGCAGCACAGACGGAGCUCCACACCUAUGGAUAAAACCAAGAAAGAAAAGAAAGAUAAAGAGCAGGAGAACGAGAAGGAGAAAAGUGCCAUUAAUAAAGAAAAGAUGCUGAGGAAGAGACAGUCUCUGCCCAGUAUGAGACACAGACCUGACCCAAGUCCCAGUCCUUUAUCAAGACGACGGCCGGCGUCUCCAGUCACACCAAAGGGCAGAACUGCCUCCCCCAGCCCCGCUGCCUCGCCCAAGCCCCCAUCAACACGCGGGAGCCUCUCUACUCCUAAGGCCCGACCGAAGAGAGCCAGGACCCCUGCGAGGAUAGACCCCCGAACUGCUUCCCCCGGCCCCAUUGAGAGAGUGAAGGAGCCUCGUCGGCCCUCCACCCCCGAGGAAAGAAAGAGUUCUCCUGUGGUUCCUGCCAUUGCAGUAUCUUCUGCUGCUUCCACAGCCAGAACUGUUGCUGCUGCUUCCUCCCCACCUGAACCUGUUCCUUCGGCGCUGUCCGCUCGAGCUGCGUCACCUGCACCCUCUCCAUCAGCCAAGCCCAUGGCGGGCACCAACAACCCAGAGGAGGCCGCUCGCAUCCUGGCAGAGAAGCGCCGCCAGGCCAGAGAGCAACGGGAGAGGGAGGAGCAGGAGCGCCGUGAACAGGAGGAGAAGGAGAGGAUUCAGAGAGAAGAGCGAAUAGCAAGAGAAGCAGAGGAGAGGCAACGCAGGGAGGAGGAGGCAAGAGCCAUGGCUGAGGAGCAGCGGAGGAGGGAUGAAGAGCAGCGACUGCAGGAGGAGAAGGAGGCUCAGGAGAGAGCUAAAGCUGAGCAGGAGGAGAAUCUUCGCCUGCAGAAGCAGAAAGAAGAGGCCGAUGCUAAAGCUAAGGAGGAGGCAGAAAAGCAACAGCUGGAAAGGGAGAAACACUUCCAGAAGGAGGAGCAGGAGAGACUGGAGAGGAAAAAGCGUCUGGAAGAGAUCAUGAAGAGGACACGCAAGACUGAUGGAGGUGACAAGAAAGAGAUCAAGUCUUCUCCAGUUGCUGAUGCUAACGAGAGCCAGGCGGAGAGCAGCAAAGUGUCUGCCGACUACCAGCUCAAAUCAGAGGUCAACCUGCCGAACAAGACUGAAAAUGGACAAGCGGACAUCAGUGAACGCCUCCCAGCUGUAAACGGAGUCCAGCCCACGAGACAUGAAAAUGGUCUGUCCACUAAAGGAGACCACCUCGAGGACUUCGUCCACCUCACGAAUCAGGGCAACGCCACCAACGGAGCCCGGGACAAUUCUGAGAGCACCAAGCCCAUCCUCGCUUUUGAGAACGAGGAGUCGUUUCUGAAAAAAGCGGGUCCCAUGAAGCCUCAGCAUGUUGCAGAAGUCCUGUGACAUACUUUGGAGUAGAGGACGUGGUCACUUUAGAAGUUUCCCAGACCUGCCAAUGCUCACGUGGCGAGUCCGGUGACCUGUGCCAAUCGACUACCUGCAGCUAUGCUCCUACAUGUAAACACGCCCCUCUCGAGACGAUGUGGUCCACAGAAGAUCUGGACACAAAUGACAGACAGGAUGAGAUGUGUUGCUACGUACGACACAGGUGUUCUCAUUUGUAAAAUGUUUGUGGCACGAAUCAUCCUUACCAGACAGCACAGCUGACUACGUGACGCUGACAUGUUUUGUUUUUAGUUAUUUAACUGAAAGAGAAAUGGAAAAGGCUGGCUACAUCUUUGUGAAUAUUGUAAAUGAACUUAAGGUGUCAGAUAAAGAAGGAACCAGUCGACAAAAGGGAGUCGUUUUAUGCUACUACGCCACGAGAAGACACUAAAUUAAAAAAAAAAAUCCUGGUUUGUAUAAAGCUGCCUGUAUUGAGUUUUUGUAAAGUUAGGAAAGUUUCAAGUUGACAAGGAAAGACUUUUACUGUGUAAACAUUCUGUUUAUAACUUUUUCAGCUAUGAUUGAUUGUACGCAAAACGUGGAUGUACUAACAAGUUGGCCACCUUGACAACAGUAAAACAUGAAAUCUAUUGUCCCCCCUCACCCCAACACAUGUACAAGCAUGACUCAAUUUUCUAAUUUGCAGUGCAAUCCCAUGGACUUGUAGAUGUUUAAAAUGCUGUUGUGUUUGUUUGCUAUAAAUAUAUUUUGGUGUGUGUUAGAACAUCACUCGGAGGAUCCAAUCUGGAAAGUCUUAAUA